AUGGAAGGCGGCCAGAUUUUGGUUCAGUCAGAGCAGAACCUUAUACCAGGUGCGCAAACUCUUGUCAUUGGUCAAGAGUUUGCAGAUGUUGACACAUGUCGGAGGGCUAUCAAGGACAUGGCCAUUGCUUUGCACUAUGAGCUCCGUGUGGUGAAAUCUGAUCGUAGCCGUUUCAUCGCAAAGUGCUCAAAAGAAGGUUGCCCUUGGCGUGUGCACAUCGCCAAGUGCCCCGGUGUUCCAACUUUCACUGUCCGGACUUUGCACGGAGAGCACAAAUGUGAGGGUGUUCUGAACCUGCAUCAUCAGCAGGCUACUGUUGGUUGGGUUGCUAGGUCUGUCGAGGCAAGGCUCAGGGAUAACCCACAGAUUAAGCCAAAGGAGAUACUGCAGGAUAUUCGGGAACAGCAUGGGGUCGCUGUUUCUUAUAUGCAAGCAUGGCGUGGGAAGGAGAGAAGCAUGGCUGCAGUUAAUGGUACUCUUGAGGAUGGAUACCGCCUUCUUCCUGCAUAUUGUAUUGGACCAGGGAAUGCCUUCCAGCGGCUGUUUGUCUCGUUUCGUGCAUCCAUUUAUGGUUUCUUAAAUGGCUGCAGGCCCCUUCUAGAAAUUGACAAGGCUGACUUGAAGGGAAAGUAUCUUGGGACAUUGCUAUGUGUGUCAGCUAUUGAUGCUGAUCACAUGAUGUUCCCUCUAGCAUUCGGUAUUGUUGAUUCUGAGAGCGAUGAUAACUGGAACUGGUUUAUAUCGGAAUUGAGGAAGAUGCUUGGAGUUAACACAGAUAAGAUGCCGGUCUUGACUAUACUUUCUGAGAGAAAAAGGCAAGUGGUUGAAGCAGUUGGAUCUAAUUUCCCCACUGCUUUUCAUGGAUUUUGCUUGAGAUACGUGAGUGAGAAUUUCCGUGAUGAGUUCAAGAAUACUAAACUGCUUAACCUUUUCUGGAGUGCUGUUUAUGCUCUCACAGCAUCAGAAUUUGAUGCGAAGGUAAAUGAAAUGAUGCAAGUUCAAGAUGUUAUGCCAUGGUUACAGCGUUUUCCGCCAAACCUGUGGGCAGUUUCUUACUUUCAGGGUAUCAGAUAUGGCCAUUUUAGUCUUGGGAUAACUGAGAUAUUAUAUAACUUGUCCCUUGACUGUCAUGAACUUCCCAUUGUGCAAACCAUCGAGCACAUCAGGCAUCAACUGACUUGCUGGUUUGCUGAACGUCAGAACUUGGCACAGUCAUACAAUUCGGUUCUUGUUCCGUCAGCUGAGAAACUUAUUUCAGAAGCUAUCCAUGAUUCACAAUGCUAUCAAGUCCUUCGAGCAAACAAGGUGGAAUUUGAGAUUGUGUCAUCGGAGCGAACAAACAUUGUCGACACUCAAGCUAGGUCCUGCUCAUGCCGCCGAUGGCAAAUUUAUGGCAUUCCAUGUGCACAUGCUGCUGCUGCACUGCUUUCAUGUGGUGAAGACCCCCGUCUCUAUGCUCAUGACUGCUUCAGCGUAAUGAAGUACCGAGAAACCUAUUCCCAGCCAAUAUAUCCAAUUCCGGACAGGAGCCACUGGAACAAUUCGUCUCCCGGGUUACAAAGUGCAGUCAGCAAGGCCGAUGUGAUCCUUAGCCCACCCAAUAUCCGGAGGCCUCCUGGUCGACCCAAGAUGAAGAUUCUAAAGAUUGAGAGCAUGAAGCGUCCGAAACGGAUCGUUCAGUGUGGUCGAUGUCAUCUUCUAGGGCAUUCUCAAAAGAAGUGCUCUUUGCGAAGCUGA